UACAGGGACACAGCCAAAGGCCUAGCUGUGCUGAAGGAAAUUUGCAAAUCCUGCCUCAAAUCUGCAGCCAGUAUCUCCCCCAGCAGCCUCCAAACCAGGCCAGCAUGAACCCAGCCAGAGAGCAGCAUGGGUGUCGGGCAAAAACAGGCUAUUGACUCCAUCCUUUUCUAACAGAGACCAGGGUCCUCUGGCCUUCCACAGAGAAGAUGGGGCCUUCUCAGGGUUCUCUGGAUCUGCUGGUGUCAUCCGAGAACAGAACACUUGGUUGUCCUGGCAUUUCCCAAGCAGGGGGAGGAGUUCUCUGCAGGAAUAAAUAAGCCUCAGCAUUCAUGAAAAUCCAUUACUCCAGACAGACGGCUUUGGAAUCCACCAGCUACAUCCAGCUCCCUGAGGCAGAGUUGAGAAUGGAGAGAAUGUUACCUCUCCUGGCUCUGGGGCUCUUGGUGGCUGGGCUCUGCCCUGCUGUCCUCUGCCACCCUAACAGCCCACUUGACGAAGAGAAUCCGACCCAGGAUAACCAAGACCGAGGGACACAUGUGGACCUCGGAUUAGCCUCCACCAACGUGGACUUCGCUUUCAGCCUGUACAAGCAGUUAGUCCUGAAGGCCCCUGAUAAGAAUGUCAUCUUCUCCCCACUGAGCAUCUCCACCGCCUUGGCCUUCCUGUCUCUGGGGGCCCAUAAUACCACCCUGACAGAGAUUCUCAAAGGCCUCAAGUUCAACCUCACAGAGACUUCUGAGGCAGAAAUUCACCAGAGCUUCCAGCACCUCCUGCGCACCCUCAACCAGUCCAGCGACGAGCUGCAGCUGAGUAUGGGAAAUGCCAUGUUUGUCGAAGAGCAACUCAGUCUGCUGGACAGGUUCACGGAGGAUGCCAAGAGGCUGUAUGGCUCCGAGGCCUUUGCCACUGACUUUCAGGACUCAGCUGCAGCUAAGAAGCUCAUCAACGACUAUGUGAAGAAUGGAACUAGGGGGAAAAUCACAGAUCUGAUCAAGGACCUUGACUCGCAGACAAUGAUGGUCCUGGUGAAUUACAUCUUCUUUAAAGCCAAAUGGGAGAUGCCCUUUGACCCCCAAGAUACUCAUCAGUCAAGGUUCUACUUGAGCAAGAAAAAGUGGGUAAUGGUGCCCAUGAUGAGUUUGCAUCACCUGACUAUACCUUACUUCCGGGACGAGGAGCUGUCCUGCACCGUGGUGGAGCUGAAGUACACAGGCAAUGCCAGCGCACUCUUCAUCCUCCCUGAUCAAGACAAGAUGGAGGAAGUGGAAGCCAUGCUGCUCCCAGAGACCCUGAAGCGAUGGAGAGACUCUCUGGAGUUCAGAGAGAUAGGUGAGCUCUACCUGCCAAAGUUUUCCGUCUCGAGGGACUAUAACCUGAAAGACAUACUUCUCCAGCUGGGCAUUGAGGAAGCCUUCACCAGCAAGGCUGACCUGUCAGGGAUCACAGGGACCAGGAACCUAGCCGUCUCCCAGGUGGUCCAUAAGGCUGUGCUUGAUGUAUUUGAGGAGGGCACAGAAGCAUCUGCUGCCACAGCAGUCAAAAUCACCCUCCUUUCCGCAUUAGUGGAGACAAGGACCAUUGUGCGUUUCAACAGGCCCUUCCUGAUGAUCAUUGUCCCUACAGACACCCAGAACAUCUUCUUCAUGAGCAAAGUCACCAAUCCCAAGCAAGCCUAGAGCUUGCCAUCAAGCAGUGGGGCUCUCAGUAAGGAACUUGGAAUGCAAGCUGGAUGCCUAGGUCUCUGGGCACAGCCUGGCCCCUGUGCACCGAGUGGCCAUGGCAUGUGUGGUCCUGUCUGCUUAUCCUUGGAAGGUGACAGUGAUUCCCUGUGUAGCUCCCACAUGCACAGGGGCCCAUGGACUCUUCAGUCUGGAGGGUCCUGCGCCUCCUGACAGCAAUAAAUAAUUUCCUUGGA